GAUUCCAAUUAUACUUGAAGGAAUUGUACGCGGCCACGUCACAUGGCGACGCUGACGUGUCCUUAGUGCGUCCAGGUUGACCCAGGUUAUGCGACACGCCGUGUGUCCUGUGGGGGGUGUUCGGUGGUCGGCGUUUAUAUCUAUCCGGUGCUAUCUACUCGACCAGUGGUCUUUGGCCCCUUCAAUGGCCCAUAAUUGCUGGGCCAGUAGCUUGUGGGUCUGGCGCUGUUAUCGCUCAGCCGGCCAUGUAAUUCUUUUAUUAUUAGCAAAUUUCAUUUGCAUUCAUUCCCUUUUCGGAUGUGAAACUGGACGCGUCUUAGUUCUGAAUAUGUUUAUAAUCCAAAAUCGGUUUUCGUUGCAGCGAUUCAAAUCCUAGAUAUAAAACUAUACUGCCGCUAAACCCUGUGCAAAGCAAAAGGUUAUCCCAAUUGGAGAAGUUCUAAGGUGUGUUUACAAACAAAUAUCGUAUAAAUAGGAUUUAUUUCUGACUAUUGGAUCGAAGCAGUAAGGUAGCCCCUCAAAUCCCCAUAAGUGAAGGAUAAAUAUACCUUUAUAGCUCACCUAACAAACUUAUGAACGCUGGUAUUGGACCCAGGGUUUGGUUAUACACUACGGUCCCGGAAACUGUUUGGAGUCACAUCGCUGCGCGACAUGAUCAGAGCCGAUGCGGAAACCGUACUUCAUUCAGAUUCCGGGACCCAACCAAUGAGUGAACAUCAAACGGCUAACAACGGAAAUUCAAAAUGUAUGCCAAGUGCUCAAGCUGAUGAUUUAAAACAAAAAACAGUUCAUGAUAAAGAGAAAUCAGCACAAAUUCCUAAGAAGGACGAAGUAACUAGACAUCUUGUUUUGGAGGAAAGACAUUCAUUGUCCCUAGCUGAAACGAAGAAACGCCGAGCCAGUGUCUACUCUGACGAACAUCUUUUCAUUCCCAAGCAAUUAGCCCGAAGUGAACUUCAGUUCCGGACAAGAAAUUUUUGCAAUACUACAUCGAAAAAAAGAGAUUGUCAUCUGAGGAUGCUGAAGUAUCCAUUAGAUUCAAAACGUGUUCGCUAUGUGGCAGAAAAGAUGAAAAAAGUGCAAUCUGUUAGCGAACAACCAGAAUCUGAAAAGCCACAGGAUACACCAUCAGUUAUGGAGGAAAUCAAUACCGUCCACAUAAAACAGGAAGAGUUUUUCAAUGAUUCAAAUAGCCCGGAUUUGCCAUUGAGUAUGCCUGAUUUGGACACAGAAACCGAAGUCGUAAAGAACCAACUACCAGAUAACGAAGACUGUAUAACCUUAUUAGAUUUGGUCAAGAAAGAGGUCGAGGAUGAAGAUUCAUCAGAGGGUCAGCAUUAUCCAUAUUUACGUUGGCAUAAUCCAGAGGAAGAAAUUAAAAUGGAAGUUAUGGACGAAUGUCAGGGUCAAUCGACACUGGAAAAUCCUACAACAACUGAGGGAAAUGAUAAUCAUAAUGAGGUAGCAGGACAACAAGAAUUUAUUCAGGAAUUAUCAAGUCCUCAAAUAAGCGACAAAACCGAAGAGGCACAGAUUUAUUUACAAGAACCAGUUUUAGAGGAGCAACCGGUAGAACUGGACCUACACAACCCACAAGUUUCAGAUGGAAUCCAACAUGAUAUGCAGAUCAAACAAAACGUGCAAAUAGUGCAGGAUCUAGAGCUACCAAGGAUGCCACAGGAUCUGCAAAUGGAACAUAUUUUACCAGAGCCCGAGGUAAUAGACUUUUCCCAGAAUGGAUUAUCGCAAAGUACAAGCACACAGUAUGUUGCUGAGCUUCCCACCUCAAGUAUGAAUACAUCUUCAGGACAAUCAACACUUCGUCAGCAUUUAUUGCAUCACAUUGUGCGACCGACUUCCUUUAAUCAGGAUGUAUGCCAAUCCACUAGUUUCAACAACAAUGCUAUUGAACGUAUAAAUCAAAAUAUUAGGACUCCCCAUUAUGUGGAGACGCCAGCUAUUCCCAUUCACCCGUCACCACUUCAGUGGAACUCUCACAACUUUGCGCACAAGCCGCAAUUGGCGCAGCAGCACCAGGAACUGCAACGGCAACAGGAACUGCAACGGCCACAGCAACAGCAACUACAACUGGAACAGCAACAGCAACAGCAACUGCAACAGCAACUACAACUGCAACAGCAACUACAAGUGCAACAGCAACUUCAACUCCAACAGCAACAACAAUUACAACAGAAACUAGAACAGCAACAGCAACUUAAAUUACAACAGCAGCUAGAACAGCAACAGCAAUUACAACAGCAGCUAGAACAACAACAACAGCUACAACAGCAUCACCAAAUACAACAUGAGCAGCAAGACCAGGAGCAGCUGGUACAGCAGCAAUACCAACAUCCUCCAAACUUACAGCAACAUGAAAUUAUGUACAAACAGCAACAAAACGACCUUCAGCUGCAGGAAUUAAGAUUAUUACAUCAGCGCCUACAGUGCCGGGAACAUAAUGAGCUAGUUGAGAUAGGGCUGUCAUUGACACGAGUUUAUGAGGAAAGACUUUCCUAUGAACUAAAACAUAAGGAAGAGAAGCGUUUGUACCAACUAAAAAUGGAGCAAAGCAAAAAGGUAGAGGAAAAACUAAAUGCAGAUAAAGAGCAAUUGCAGCGGCAGAUGAGAGCAGAACUCAGAAUUCUAGAACAGCGUAUAGCAGAUCAGCAACGACAGCAAGAGGAACACGCCUUGGCUUGGCGUCAGGUUCAACAACUUCGUCUGCAACAGCAGCAACAGCUACAACAGCAACAUCAGCAACAUCGACAUCAACAACAACAUUCACUGCAACAGCAACAUCAACAACUUCAACAACAGCAACAUCAACUACAACAGCAACAAAAUCAACAACUUCAACAACAGCAACAUCAGCAGCAUCAAAAACAGCAGCAGCAGCAACAUUUUCAACAGUUACUGGUACAACAACAGCAACAUCAGCCAAUUUUAGAAAACGCGCACAAAAAUUUGCGCACUCUCCAACAUCAGCAACAGCAUCUCCAGCAACAUGGAGUUUUCCACCAGCCUUCAACUUAUAUGUACGCCUCCAACUUUCAGGAGUCCAUAAACUAUCAGCAAUAUCAACAAGUGGGACUUCCGGUGGAGUCCCAUGUCCCAGAUCCCACAACUGAAUUUCAAAGUCGGUUAUGGGUGCCACCACCCCCUUAUUGCCCGACGAGCAGCAAGUCCUUGGAGGAGACACCCAAGGAACCACCAAAAAAAACUCGUCAGCGUCGGAAAAAUACCGAAAAACGAGCAACGGUUGCUCCUUACACCGCUCCAAUCGUACAAUCCUUGCCACCGAAUAAUCCUGUCCAAGGUGAUACAGCGCAACAUUCGGCAGCUUCAGUUUCUGAAUAUAGGAACGAAAAUAUAACAACUGUGAUGGAAAAUUACGUUUCAAACUAUUUGAACAAGAAUAUGCACUCUUAGACACAGAAAACAGUAAUUGCUUGUGAUGCUAGAUUUUAAGAUAUGAUUCAAAAAGUUCAAGGAUAUCUAUAGCAUAUGAAAAGAACAAAUGCUGCUUUAGACGUAUUAUUUGUUUCCUUACAGGAUUAAGACACACAGUUAUGUUAUUAUAAAUUAACAAUAAAAACAAUAUUACACCUAUAUGUAUAGAUUUUGUUUUUUAUUUUCAAUUGUAGUACUUUACUAUUAAAAUUACUGUGAUUCCCACCUAAAUAUUUAGAUAAUUAUGGAAUGGAAAUAAAAGAAAUAAAUUCAUAUUGCUA